UGGAGGUUUAUGCAUAGCCUUGGGCGCGCACUUUUGUCCAAUUGAAUCCAUUUCAAGGCGAGCACUUUCCAACAGAAAAAAAGGGAAAGUGGAGAUGAUAAUUAAUCGGCAAUUGAUUGAGCACAACAAAUUUAUGCUAUCAACACAUUAAAGCCACCCAAUGAUCUUAUUUCAAUUUCCAAUAUAAAAUACUCUUCAACUACUGCUCAUUCUUCAUCCUGCUCCUGCUGCAUUCUUCUCUUGGAUUCAGGCACAAAGCAAGCCAGCAUGAUCUUGAGGAUGUGCUUAUUGUUGCUAGCUUUAACGGCUACACUGUCCACUGCUUUAAUUGACAAACAUACAUAUGUAAUUCAUAUGGACAAAACCAAGAUCCCUGCCUUGUAUCACUCUCCAGGAAGUUCCAAACAAUGGUAUGAAGCAAUUAUCAAUUCUGUCACAGAAUUCUCAUCUCAAGAAGAAGAAGAAGAAGAAACAGCUUCUCCCCAGCUCCUUUAUGUCUACGAAACGGCAAUUUCUGGUUUUGCUGCGAAGCUCUCUAAAGAACAAGUCGAAGCCUUGAGCAAAAUCAAUGGUUUUCUCGCUGCAAUUCCUGACGAAAUGCUAACUCUCCACACCACGCACACCCCUCAGUUUCUUGGACUGCAAAGUGGUAAAGGACUUUGGAAUGCUCAAAACUUGGCUUCGGAUGUGAUAGUUGGCAUUCUUGAUACUGGAAUCUGGCCAGAGCAUGUUAGUUUCAAGGACACAGGCUUAUCUGCAGUGCCAUCCAGAUGGAAAGGCGCAUGCGAGAGUGGCACAAAGUUUUCACCGUCAAAUUGCAACAAGAAAAUCAUUGGUGCAAGAGCUUUCUUCAAAGGUUAUGAGUCCAUUAGAGGAAGAAUCAAUGAAACUGUUGAUUACCGAUCCCCUCGGGAUUCUCAAGGUCAUGGAACACAUACUGCAUCAACUGCUGCUGGAAACCUUGUAGACCAAGCAAACUUUUUUGGCUUGGCUAAUGGCGCAGCAGCUGGAAUGAAGUACACAGCAAGAAUUGCAGUCUAUAAGGUCUGUUGGUCAUUAGGUUGCGCCAACACUGAUUUAUUGGCGGCUAUGGACCAAGCUGUUGCGGAUGGUGUUGAUGUGCUGUCCCUCUCUUUGGGAGGAAGAGAAAAGCCGUUUUAUUCUGAUGACCUUGCUACAGCCUCAUUUGGGGCAACCCAAAAUGGGGUUUUUGUUUCUUGCUCUGCAGGCAAUUCUGGUCCAUCUAGCUCAACUGUAGCCAACACCGCACCAUGGAUCAUGACAGUUGCUGCUAGCUACACUGAUCGAAGCUUUUCAACAACUGUCAAGCUUGGCAAUGGACAAACUUUUUCUGGAUCAUCUCUGUAUUCUGGCAAAGCAACCAAGAAAUUGCCAAUCGCAUAUGGAAGAACUGCAGGUGGUCAAUCAGCUAGGUAUUGCAUUAGCGGCUCUCUCAACAAGAAGCUAGUUAGAGGCAAACUUGUUGUCUGUGAGAGAGGAAUGAACGGCCGAACCGCAAAGGGAGAGCAAGUGAAAUUAGCAGGUGGAGCAGGAAUGCUACUAAUCAACACUCAAGGUGAAGAGCAUUUCGCUGAUCCCCAUGUCCUGCCAGCCACCUCUUUAGGAGCCUCAGCAGGGAUAGCUAUUAAAGAGUAUGUCAACUCAACUAAAAGACCUACUGCUUCAAUUACUUUUAAAGGAACAACAUAUGGUAAUCGUGCACCAGCAAUGGCUGCAUUCUCAUCCAGAGGGCCUAGUUCAGUGGCACCGGAAGUGAUAAAGCCGGAUGUGACUGCACCAGGGUUGAACAUUUUAGCCGCUUGGCCACCUUUAUCUAGCCCAUCACUACUCAAGAGCGAUAACAGGAGUGUACUGUUCAAUAUAAUUUCAGGAACAUCAAUGUCAUGCCCUCAUGUUAGUGGCCUAGCUGCACUACUCAAGUCGAUCCACAAAGACUGGUCGCCAGCAGCAAUCAAAUCAGCACUAAUGACUUCAGCUUAUGUUCUAGACAACAGUAAUGCUCCGAUUGCUGAUUUUGGAGCCAAAAACUCUGUAUCAGCUACGCCAUUCGCUUUCGGUUCAGGGCAUGUCAACCCCGAAAGUGCUUCUGAUCCAGGGCUAAUAUAUAAUAUCACCACAGAGGACUAUCUAAACUAUCUGUGCAGCCUGAAUUAUACAUCUUCUCAAUUAGUUCUAGUGUCAAGAAGGAGUUUCAGAUGCCCUAACAAUACAAUUCUUCAGCCUGGUGACCUUAACUACCCUUCUUUUGCUGUGAAUUUUGAAGGUAAUGCUAAAAAUAUCACCAAAACAUACAACAGAAGGGUGACAAAUGUAGGGACAUCGCAGAGUACUUAUGCAGUACAAGUCCAGGAACCCAAUGGGGUGUCAAUAAUUAUUCAGCCUAAGAUUCUGAGUUUUCAAAAACUGGGGGAGGAACUGAGUUACAAUGUAACUUUUGUUAGGUUGAGAGGAAGAGAUACCAGAGCAAGUUACUCUUUUGGAUCUAUAAUUUGGAUUUCAGACAAGUACAAGGUCAGAAGUCCCAUAGCAGUAACUUGGCAAUAGUUUUGGGAUUGCCGCAAAUCCUGUUUGAUAUAGCAGAAAUCGUUUACAGCUUCAUUCUUAUAUGCUCAGAAAUAAGACAAAAAUACUUAACAUCAAGUUCUGUGUAGUUUUUAUGUGGAAUUUGUAUUUAAAUAUUUGUGAAAUCUAUUUUUGCUUUACCUUUC